ACUUGGUAGUAAAUCUUAGUAAAGAAAACAUGCAGGCCCUAAAUCAAACCAACCCUGGGUAAUUUCACAUCGUGUCACAACUGUUUCCCCUGAUGGUUUACAAACAUUCUGCAUGUUGAAAAUGGGCAUGAUGACACCUCCGACUGUGACGUUAAAUAACAAGGCUUUUACAAAAUGAUGAGCACAAAACCAAUUAAACCACGAAAUAAAGAAUAUGCAAAUUGAACAAUAAAAUCCCUCAUCUCAGGAAAGGACAACCUUUGUGUCCAGUCAUGCCUUGGAGCUAUAACAUGGAGGAUGGGGCUGCAGUGAUAAAACAAGGAGCCAUGCUUAUAAUAGCCUGCCAUGUCUUCACACAUCACACAUCUGCACUCCCUGGGUACAUGUUAACUGUGGUUUCUUCACCCCCCCCCUCUCCCAUCCCUGUUAUUUAUUUAUUUCCCAACAGAACAUCACUAGCAUCAAGGAUCUUGUCGGUAAAAACACACUCAAACACAGUACAGUGCUUAAAUAGUGUGGCUAUUUCUCAUUCUGCAGCAGCAGCCCACGAGGGCCUGGAGACUGAAGUCCGAAAGGUCAGCAGCCAACCAACUCAGACAUCACUGCCAACAACCUGACACGUCAUAAGGAGAUCGGCACCAGCCGAGUCCAGUGGAGCCGGCGCUGAGGAAAGGGGCUGAAGAUUGGCCGCUGCCCGCUCUAGCACCAGGAUCCUCUACAGCCGUCUGGGGUGAGGGGUGGAGGAGACGAGGUGCCUGGCUGGGGCUGGGUGGAUGCUGCCUGGAGGAGGGGGGGCCACGGCAGCGGGAGGAAGAUGGCAUCCACAUGCAUGCAGAUAUUCGCCUUCAUCCUGGCGCUGUUGGGCAUCAUGGGGGCCAUGGUGGCCACACUGCUGCCCAAUUGGAAGGUGAGUGCCGACGUGGGCUCCAACAUCAUCACAGCCAUCUCCCAGAUGCAGGGGCUGUGGAUGGACUGCACCUGGUACAGCACCGGCAUGUUCAGCUGCACCUUGAAGUACUCGGUGCUGUCGCUGCCCGCCUACCUGCAGACUGCCCGCACCACCAUGGUGCUGUCCUGUGUGAUGGCUGCCAUGGGCCUGUGCCUGGCAUCCCUGGGGCUCAAAUGUACCCGCUGGGGGGGCGGCCGGCGCUCCAAGAGGCACGCGGCCAUCGCCAGUGGGGGCUGCUUCAUCGCCGCCGGCUUCCUGUGCCUGGUGCCCGCUUCCUGGUUCACCAACGAGGUCAUCACUAACUUCCUGGACCGCAGUGUGCACGAGAGCAAUAAGUUUGAGCCCGGGGGGGCCGUGUACGUGGCCUUCCUGUCGGCAGGCUUCCUCUUCGUGGGGGGGUCCAUCUUCUGCGUGUCUUGCUCGGGGAAGAGGCCCGGUCACCAGGACAUGAUCUUACUGCCCCCCCCCAACAAACUCAUACUGCAGCAGCAACAGCAGCUCCUACAGCAACAGCAGCAGGACCAGCACCAGUACUGCUCCCUCUCCCCACUAGACAAUAAGACAGGCUACAGCCUGCAGGACUAUGUGUAGGCUAAAGCAACACGCCACUUGCUACUGCUAGGCAGACCAGUUAGGGGAACAACCAGGGCUUACACUGCGUAAGAGAUUGAGGAGGAGACUAGAGCAGAGGGGAAGGACUUUGAUGGCGUCUCUUUCCCUCCUUUCCCCUCUUUUUCUGUUCUGCAAGCACAAGCAGUGGAGGUAUUCCCCGAGCAGCCCCUUGGAACAGACGGACGGAUGGUGAAUGUGAAAUGCAGCGCAGCCGGGGGAGGAAGGGAAGCGCUGCAGAAUGGGAGGGGAGCUGCAGCGACACAUGCAGAUACCCCAGCAAUCAUCAGUAAAUCCAUUAAGACUUCCCGGGGGAAUGGAUUAGCUGAUAACAAGCCUCCCGUUAAUUUCCUUUUCCUUGCCAAAGGUUUGAAUUAAUAAGCAAUCAUUUAGCUGCUAAUAAUCGUUUGGUAACCACCCAUUCGGCAAGUCGGCAAUAUUGCUAUUAUUGUCUGAGGCAAUAACAGUACGUGCAAUUCCCUUUUCAUAAGCAAGCUACUGUUGUUUUGAACUAUCCACUAGAUAUGCUAGUUGUUGGGACUGAUUUAAGUCAGUCUUAUUUUUGGUAGCUAAUAGACUGAUAUUUUGCCUAAGCAUGCUGUUUGGAGCCUGUCUGUGUAUAUUGCAGAGGAAUGCCUGUUAGAGACAGACGUAUGUAGUGUAGCCAACGCAAUGCCUAAAAAGCUGUAGUAUGUUAUCCUUCCCAUUGAAACUAUUCAAAGAGUGCUGUCAGAAUUAAUACAAAGGGUGCUGGGCUUGGAGAUCGAACAGAAUGGCAUAUAAACAAAAUCCUGUAACUCACCCUGCAGGUAGAGACAGACAGAGACACAGAGAGAGAAAGAGACACAGAGAGGGAGGGACAAACAGUGAGAGACACA